UUUGACUACAUGUAUCUUAAUUUACUUAAUUGGUAAAGCUAUAUGUUUCUAUUUCACAGGUGUAGGAAAAUCAUGUCUUCUUCUACAGUUUACAGACAAAAGAUUUCAACCUGUGCAUGACUUAACUAUAGGUGUGGAGUUUGGAGCACGUAUGAUCUCUAUAGAUGGUAAACAAAUCAAACUACAGAUAUGGGAUACUGCUGGACAAGAAUCAUUUCGUUCUAUCACAAGGUCUUACUACAGAGGAGCAGCUGGGGCACUUUUAGUGUACGACAUCACAAGACGUGACACAUUCAAUCAUUUGACCACAUGGCUAGAAGAUGCCAGGCAACAUUCCAACUCUAAUAUGGUUAUAAUGUUAAUAGGUAACAAAAGUGAUCUGGAGGCAAGAAGAGAUGUGAAGAAGGAAGAAGGUGAGGCAUUUGCCCGUGAACAUGGUCUUAUUUUCAUGGAAACCUCGGCUAAAACUGCGGCCAAUGUAGAAGAGGCUUUUAUAAAUACAGCAAAGGAAAUCUACCAGAAGAUACAAGAUGGUGUAUUUGAUAUUAACAAUGAGGCAAACGGUAUAAAGAUAGGACCACAGCACUCGCCAAGCAAUCCCAGCAUGCCCUCUGGUGGUGGGGCAGCAGGUCAAAGCGGCGGGUGUUGUUAAGACAUUUUGUGCAUUUCUUUUUCGUUCCAUUUCAUUUCCUCGUAGCUAACCUCAUUACGUAUAAUGGUCGUACAAAAAAUGGUCACAAGUGUAACAGGGAAGGAUGUUAAAGAUAGAAAAAAAAUAUACUGGAGAAAACAAACAAAAAAUGAACAUUGUUGUGUUGUAGUUAUAUUCUAAUUAACUGGAGUAAAAAUCUGAGCAAUCAUGCAGACUGUGUCCAAAAUGUUUUUGGACUUUUAAGUCCAAUGAGUGUUAGAACAAAAUGACACAGUCUGGUUUUUGAAGUGUCUGAUGAAGAUCUUUCCACAAGAAGGUCUUUUAGUCCAUUUUUAGAGUUUUGACAUUUAUUAUAGAAGUUGUUUUGGGUUGUGCGUAGAUAUAGUUUUAACUCUGCCUCAGAGAAAGGCUAUUGUUAUUGUAAAUGAAAUAAAUAUAUGCACAUACUGUAGUGACCAUUUGAACAACUAAUAUUAUAGGUAAUGGUCAAUGUACUAAUGAGUUUUAUGAACUGUGAAAUAAUUAAGCGUUGAAAAAAAAUAUUCAAGAAAUUCUUGCUCUGAAAUUUGAGCUUUUUAUGUGCUAAAAGUAACGCCUUUCCACAUUCAGCAUGUGUGUAUUACACAUUUUCUUAUGACAUCAUUAUUUCAUGUGUAAAACUUCAGAACACUAUAGACCAUCUUUUGAUAAAAUUGGUAAUUAUAGCAACCUUAAAACAGUGUUUUUUAUCUGUAAAAUCUGUUGUACAUUAUCAUAAAAAUAUUUUCCCAUUCAUCAUUAUGUAAUAUUGGUAUUUGAAAAAAGCAUGUUUAGAAGUCAAAAUUUCAAGUUUUACUUUAUAAGUUCAUUGUGUAUAAACAAGUUUAUGUAUUCCUUAAUUUAUUUAUACUCUGUUAUCUAAAACUGAAAAAAAUAAUGAGGCAAAAUUAUUAAAAUAUGUAUUUUAUAGUAACAGCUCCAAAGAACGAAAUUGUGCUUUAAACUAAGUGUUUAUAUGAAUGUAUUUGGCUUAAGUUAUUACACAAUUUAUAUGAGAAAAAUUAAUGUUCUUAGCAUACAGUAAAGUUAAACUACUAUGAUUUACUAAUGUAUUUAAUGCAUGUAAGACUUGUUUCCCUUAGAUAACAAUUUUGACAAUUAAAACGUGGAAUGCAGUUCUUAGCAUACAGUCUAUUUUAAUUAAGUUAGACUACUAUGAUUUACUGUUGUAUUUAAGACUUAUAAGAGUUGUUUCCCUUAGACAAUAAUUUUGGUAAUAAUAACUUUGUGAGACCUUAUAAAUAAAAAAUACAAUUGUAAGAUACAUGUACAUAAACAACAGAGACAAAAUAGUGUAUUUUAAAAAACAACUCUGUUUUAUAAAGUUCCCAAUCAACUCUGUUUUAUAAAGUUCCCAACUCUUUAUCUUCAAAGGGACUUAUUUUACACUAAAGCCCAAUCAGUUACAUUGUAAGUUGCUUAUGUUUUUGAAGGACUUUGCUAUUGGGUUUUAAUGGUUUUUUAUGCUGUGUUCAUUCAGACUUCUUGUUUUUAUUUUAUUUUUUUCUCUCUCUGAAUUCUGUACUGUUAUAAUGGUAUACACAUAUACCUUCACCGCAUGACUGACCUUGCUUUAACUUAUUUAUAUCUUCUUUUUUUGUGAUAUGUAUUCAGUAACAAAAAAAUUUGUUCCAAGAAUUCCAGACUGGAGUUGUAUAUGUUAUUCAUAUUAUUUUGGCAUUUUUGUCUUGUUGUAUGUUGUAAUAUAUGUAAAUGUUGUAUUCAUUCUGUUUGACAGUUUGCUGAUGUAAAAAAUACAAUGUGCAUAAGAUUUUUUGUUCUGAUUAAAUUUAUUAUGAAUGAUUUUCCCAUUGCAUUAAAGCAGCUCUCUCAUAACAAAAUCAAUAUGUUAUAAUUUUGGAUAAUGAUUAUCUCCCUUUGCAUUGAAGCAGCUCUAUAAGUCUUAAAGCAAGAGCUGAAAUGAAGGACUAAAGAUUACCUCCCUUUGCAUUAAAGCAGUUCUCUUAAAACAAUAGUUAAAAAGUAGGAUAAAUGAUUAUCUCCCUUGCAUUAAAGCAGCUCUCCAUACAUUAAUAGUGAAAAUAUUUUAGUUAAUAUGUUUGAUUACAUCCCUUGCAUUAAAGUAGCCCUGUCACUGUAAGAGUGAAUAAUUAUAUAGUAGUUAAGAGACAAAAUAGUUUACAGUUGCACAAGCAAAUCCCUUUAGUCCCUGAGAGUUGGCUUAAUAUAGGUAUUGAUUGAGUGCUGAGUGCCGAUAGAUUUACAAUACAUUGUAAUGUGUUUGCUUCAUUUAUUUCAUUAUUGUUAGAGAUUAUUUAGUGUUUUAUUUACUUGUUUAUUUUAUGUAUACAAUAUAGAUAUAACCCCCAUGUGCAAUUUUAUCCUAUCUUUGGAGAAAGUAAAAAAGUGUGAAUGUAUAGUAGUGUAUAGAGAUAGAAUCUACCUGUUGUGAUGGCAAAAUAACUCAAUUAUAUAAAAUGGAUUUCUUUUUCAAUACCCUUAAUACAGAGGUGACAUAAAUAAUAUUAACAUGAACUAUACUUGUAACCAUGUACAAAGAUUAUUUAAAAGAAAGAUUUUAAGACAAAUUAUACAUUAGAUACACACACCUCAACAAAAUGAUAAUAAUAAUUGUAGGCCAUUAAGGUCAUAGAUUUUUUGAGAUCAACUUUGCAGUUUUAAAAAAUUUGAUUAUUAGGCUAAAAUAAAGAAAAUAAAAAUUUAAGGACAUUUAAAAAAGAUAAUUCAACCAGAGGUCAGGACAAGACGAGAAGUUAUUCUUAAAACCCUUAAAAGUACAAGCGAUAUAACAAAAACUAAAAAAAAACAUUUUAAAAGAAUCAGUUAGGUUAGCAGCUGUUGCUUAGUUGGAAAUUCCUGGUCUAAAAUUAUCAUUGAAUGUAAAAAAAAUUCUUGUACUGUUAACUUGACAAAUGUACUUCUUGAUAAAGAAUGACGAGGCUGUGAAUGUGAACAUUAUUUUUCUUGCCUUUGUAUAUUGGUAAACCAAUCUUUAUCUUCAAAACAGUGACAGAAACUAUUUAUUAUCUUUACCUUUUAUUCAGUUUUACAUCUGUAAUUUAUUUUACUUUCGAUUUUUUUUCUUUAACCAUUGAAGAAACAUCUCAAAAGAUAAUUUCUCAACUAUAAUUUUUGAAGGUAGAAAAUACUUAUUUUAGGCUGGUUUGUCAAAGUGAGAAAAAAUAUUUUUUUUUUUGUAUACAAUGUGUAGCAUGUAAAAAGUAACUGCCAACAAAUUUUGUAUAGUUUUUUGGGGGUGUAUUAAAGGAAUGGAAACAGAUGUAAAAUUUCCAGCUGAAUCAAUGUUUGUAUUGAUAGAUCACUAUACACACGUGAAAUGAAGAUGGCAUGUUAUCUAUAUCUCUUCCUCAAUAUGUUAACAUAGAAGUUGUUUUUUUUCUGUUGCCUACCGCAGAUAUUUUCGUUGUUGUUGGUAAAGUUUGUAAAAGUUGUUUUUGAAUGAAUGUUAUAUAUAUAUUUUAUUUGCACAUAGACUUAACUUACAGUGUCAAUUAUAAAUGCUAUGUCUAUUAAUGAGUAAAAGGGAUCAGCAAA